CCCCGCCUCUCUCCUAUGUCAUUCUAUCAUUCUAUCACGCAUGAUAACCCUUCAUCUCGCUGCCCUCAUGGUCAGCAUCACCCCUACUGUAUGACAGCGACACAAAGCCCCCCGGGGGACCAUCCCACCACCCAGAUUUUCCCGAAGAACGCCAAUCCUGGAAACGCUGAAAGCCAGAACCCUGGAGCUACUUCCCAGUUCCCACCCUACAACUCUACGGGUACUCUGCAUUCGCUCUCACAGCCCUCCCCCUAGCACAAACCUCGUAUUCAACCCGCAAAUCCUACCCUGCCAUCACGCAAACUGCGAUCCAGCAGCAUUUGUGCCACCGCCCAUCCUACCCGUUGCUGCUUUCACCUUCCGGAACUGCAAUGGAUCUGCCGGUAUCCGGGGUCGCUGGACUGGAGAGUACACGUACGAGUAAGGAGCUUUCCGGCAAUUCCGGUGCGAGUACAUCGCACAUGGUUUGCUCUGGUGUUUUUUUUUUUUCCCCUUGUGCGGCGAGCUCCCCGGGGCUGUAACAAUGUGUGGGUACUGGUAACUUAAUUGAUUUUCGGCUCUGGGGAUACGAGGCUAGAUGUGGGGUGUGCUCUUGUGCGGUCUUGCUUCUUUGGGUGGAGGAAUUGCUAGGCGCUGGAGUGGUGUUGGAAUGGGUUUAAAGAGGGCGGGGAAAUCCUCCUCAAUUCGGGUUCGGUUUCUGUGCGACACCGCUAGCUUCCAGCAACUUGCCGUAAAAUACCACAUUCCUUAUGUUCUACCAAUCCCACUUACGUUCUUUGCUCUUCUCCACCCUUCUUCCCCUCCUCCUCUUCCUGUCAUCACCCGCUACAACUAUGGCCCAAAAACUCGAUGAGACAACCUUCAAGCUCAAAGAGUCCGGGUACAACCAGCACAUCGCCGCCCUCUCCCAACUUCUGCCCAAAGCCAGCGUCCUCGAUGUCCUUGCUUCGACAAACCACGACAUGGUCGCCGUGGACGUGCUCGCGGUCGGCAUGAGCUACAAAGCCACGCGCUGGGAGAAUUCCGCCUCCUUCAACGACUUCGGCACGACCUCCUGGUACCCGCAAGGCAUCAGCACCUCCGCCGACGCAUACGACGUCGGCACGUACGAGGGCAAGCGCGUAACACUGGCGAGCUGGUACGACAAUCGCGACGUCCCCGCCGCGGAGAAUAAGGGUGUUAGGAUCGCCUUCAUGGAUAGGAGUAAGAGCCCUGAUGCCUAUCGGUAUGUGUUGCUCGUGGAGCCCUAUUCGGAUGCAGGGACGGUAGAUUUUAGGUCUGUGAAGGUGCAUGCGGGGGGCAUCGCCUGGUAUGGGAAUUCGCUAUAUAUAGUGGAUACGGAUAAUGGGUUUAGGGUGUUUGAUCUUACGCAGAUUUGGAAGGUUGAGACGGGCGACGGGAUUGGGAGGAAGGCUGGUGGGGGGUUCUCGGCGGCGGAUUAUGCUUAUGUUUUGCCGCAGAGUCGGUAUGGUUCCUUUCUCUAUUUAUCUCUUCUUGGGGAGGUUCGCGCUAAUCGCUCAAGCAGAACCUACACCCCGACCAACCCUCCCUCCCCUGGCUUACGCUUCUCCUUCGUUUCCCUGGACCGUACAACGACACCGGACAGCCUCAUCGUCGGUGAGUACCAACCCGCCUCGUUCACCGGACCCCGUCGCUUCGUGCGCUGGUCCAUCGACUACACCAACCGCCAAUUGGUCACCGACUCCGCCGGUGUCGCCACCGCCACUUGGGCGUACCAAGUCAACAUCGACCGCAUGCAGGGCGCCAACUCUGUCAACGGGAAGUUCUACAUCUCUAGAAGCAAUGGGGGGUCGAAUGGUGAUAUUAUUUCCUGGGUUCCUGGCAGUCCCGCCAAUAUCGCCGGUGGCGCGCUACCGGAGGGACCCGAGGAUAUGAGCUAUGAUAAGACAACGGGGACGAUGUACACCCUUACCGAGGCUACCAAUGGGAGAUAUAUUUUACCGUUUGAUCCCACACGUUUGCCAUAGUGGGGUGGGGAUGCUGGAUUUGAGGGGCAGCAAUGGGUUGCGGUGUAUUACGUGCUAGAUUGAUCGUACGGGAAUUGGGAUUUGUGGCGGUAGUUCUGAUCUGGAAGUAUUUGUGUAAGUGAUUCGUGAGUAGGGGAAUCACGGUUAACUUAGAAUGAUAACCUCGGUGCCCGUCCCAGUGGAGCGAUGUCUUGCGAGUGAUUCAUCAUGACUGCUCUGACUGGUCUCCCUUUCGGAAGCAUGAGACUUAGAGGAGUAGUAGGGUAAAUAUCCAUAUCAUUACCGGUUGCUUAUGCCCUCAUCAUAAAAAUAUCCCUCACCAAUUUUACUGGAUGUCAAGCCUCUAA